AUGAGCGUGGCCCGCGCCAGCCGACGCCGACAUGCUCUCGCCUUUGCCUUUUCGACCUCAAUCCGGCAUGGUGUUCAUCAGUGGAGGCAGCAGGUCGUCUCGGAUCUCAACGAGAAGGAUUCUGAUAUCAAAAGACCGCAGAACUCGAGACCAGGUUUGAAAGAUGGCAUCUUGCAACUCAAGCAUUACGCCGACAAGCCCACUUUCAUGCCCAUUAGUCUGGAGCCACUACCAAAACCAGACGUCGAUAUCCCCGAGGAGAACAGUACUCUGGCAUCCACGCGUCCUCCUCCAUUUAUACCUGCGAAGCGCGAACCCUCCGAGUCUCAAUUCUCGUACCUGCUCCGCAUCGGACGAACGUAUUGGACGUUCUACAAGACGGGCCUCAAGAAUCUGCUAGCCAAUCGCAGAGAGGUCUCAGAGCUCAAAGGAUGGAUUCACCCUUUCUCCAUUGGCGGCGUGGCGCGAUUUGGUGGAAAUCCGUACCAGACAAAACAAGGCACCGAGGUACCGAUUCCCCAUAUCUUCCGAAGGGAAUUUCAACUAUUCCACCGCACGCGAGCCGAUCUGAAGAAACUCAUUCCGUUCUCGUUGCUGCUUUUGAUAUGUGGAGAGUUCACACCCAUUGCUCUUCUGGUCCUUGGACGGCGAGCAGUCCCUAAGGUGUGCUAUCUGCCUAACCAACAACGGGAAGAGAUGGACGACAUUGUGUCUCGUUUCAAAACAUGGCGGAGAGAGAUGAAUAAGCUCACGAAAGCGUCGCGUGUUGAAAAGCCGUCGCACGCUUUUGACUUCACUCCGCGAGGGGGCCGUCUCGAGCAUCCCUGGCGCAGAGACUUGCUUUUUGGUCAUAUGGUUGGUCUUACCGGCUUUUAUCGGCUACCGUUUCCCGUCACGCGUGGGAUCUACUGGCAUUUCAUCAUGUUGCAUCGUCUACGUGACUACUGGGACACCAUCUUCUGCGACACCAUCCUCAUAAAGCGCGAGGGUGGGUUUGCGGCAAUGUCUCCCAUUGAUGUAUAUGAAUACGCUCGCCACUACGGGUCACUGUCUCUCUUCGUCAUCAUGGAACGUGAGAUCGGCAAGAAGAAUUAUGACUUUAUCGACGAAACGCUCAAGCAAAGACUGGUGCCCGUCUUGGAGCAGGAGGCCGACAUUAUGCUCAAUGAGGAUUUCACCAGGCUCACCCCAAACCUGCAUUGGGCACGUGCCUACCGCGAUUCGGCUUGUUGGGCGUCGAGUCCUGACGUUGUCAAGGCCGCCAAGCUUCUCGAAAAGUAUGAAGCAGAGGACAAAGCACAGGAAGCACUGGCAUCCAAGAAUACGACGCCUACCAAACUAAAGCUGUGA